UCUGCCCUGGAGGGCUGUUGUAUUGUUGAGAAGGCAGAUAACGGGUUAGAGGAGCUACGUGGGUGCAUGCAAUGAUCGCUUCCAGGCGAGCUGUCCUGUUAAAUCCCCGCUGCCUGCAACGCAUCAGCCGGGUGCCCUGCUCUUCUUUGUCUCCAGACGCUACCCGGACAGCGAGAUGCUGCCUUGGAAAAAGAACAAGUUCGACCUGAUCGAAGAGGACAACAAACAGGCUAAGCAGAAGGGCUAUGCAGUCAGCCUGAACUACAGCGCUCUCACCUCUUUCGCUAAGUCCUGCCCGGAGGGUGCCCUGACACGGGUGGGCAGCAUGUUUAAGUCCAAACGAAAGAAGAUCAAGAUCACAGGAGAGGACCCCACGUACACCGUUCUAUACCUGGGAAACGCCACCACCUUGCAGUCGAAGGGUGAGGGCUGCACCGAUCUGGCGGUGUGCAAGAUCUGGAGCAAGAGCGAGAUGGGCAAGCACGGCACCAAGAUGAAGCUGACCGUGAGCUCGCAGGGCAUUCGCAUGGUGCACGUAGAGGAUAAAGCCAAGCGACCAGGGCACCUUUAUCUGCUGCACCGUAUCACCUACUGCGUGGCUGACCCGCGGCUACCCAAGAUCUUUGCUUGGAUUUACCGGCACGAGAUGAAGCACAAGGCGGUUAUGCUGCGCUGCCACGCUGUGCUGGUGUCUAAGCCCGAAAAGGCGAAAGCUAUGGCCCUUUUGCUCUACCAGACCUCGGCCAACGCCCUUGCGGAGUUCAAGCGGCUCAAGCGCAGAGAGGACGCCCGGCACCAGCAACAGCAACUGAUCGGGGAGCAGAGCAUCCCACUGGUGCCACUCAGGAAGCUGCUCAAUGGACAGUGCUGCUACAAACCUCCGGUGGAGAGGAGCCGCAGCGCCCCCAAGCUGGGCUCUAUUACUGAGGACUUGCAGGGAGAGGAGGAGGAAGAGAGAGCCAUGAGCUUCGAAUGCGAGGAUGUGCUGGAUACCGGGGGUGGGGAUGGAGAAGGAACCGGGGAUGAGGAGGUAGGAGUCAAACACGAGCUGUCUCAGCUAAUCAGUGACUUAGGGGAGAUGAGUCUGGGCAACGACCUACAGACACUUAAAGCGGACCUGAGAGUGACAAGACUGCUGUCUGGGGAGAGCACUGGCAGCGAGUCCUCCAUAGAGAGCAACCACGAUUCUGGACCCAUUGUUAAUGGUUUUGAGGAAUGCAGGGAACCUGAGACUGUAUGAGGAUGACCGGGAAUAUUGGAUUUGCAGCACCCCCAGAACCUUGGAGACUAGCCAUGCACACUGACACUAAUCCUGGGGGUUUUGCACAUCAUGCACAAUGACAGUAACUCCUUACAUCCGUGGAUCAUACAAAGGAUUAAUGCAGAUGUAAUAACCUCUUCACUUACAAGGGAUCCAGCAAGUGUUGUGUAGAGAAAUGUAUGUAGCGAACAUCUUGGUUGCAACCCGUUGCUGUGCAAUGUGUUAAAGCUCUGACAGCUAAGGGAUAGUAUUUUGUAUUUAAAUGAAAAAUCGGGCUUGUUAUGAACAGACAUGAAGAUAACUGUCAAUGAAUUUUGGAACAGGAUCCCGAAAUUCUACUUAUUGUAAAAUCCUUUCCCAGGGAUUAACAAUCAGAAUGAUAUAGCAAGUGCAAUGGUGUCCAUAUGUUAGAAAGUGAUGCAGGAAGCCAGUGUAUAGGUGCAGAAUAGUGCUGGUCAGGCUAUGCAUUUUCAGUGUUCAAGGAGUUUGUCUCUUACCAGAAGCUCACCCUUCCUUUCCAGUAUUUAAAGAAUUUAAGCAAAAUGUGUAAACUGAUGGGUUGUAAAAUUAAGCACUUUAGAGCCAAAUCUUUGAUCUUUUAGAUGGACAUGCAGAGAGCACACUUCACGUAAAAAAUAAAUAUAUAUAUAUAAUUUUAUACUUAGGUUUGCAAAAUGCAUUGUAAUUGCAGUAGCAAAAUUGUAUAAGAGAAACAAAGCUGAAUUAAAAAUAUACCAAGUUACAGGGGCACUAUUAUUUAUGGAUUGAUGUAUUUAUUUUUCCUAAACCUCAUCUCUGUUACUAGAAGUUAAAGGGACAUUCCGAUCAAAAUUUAAAUGCACAUCUUUGAACAGAAACCUUUUUGCAAUAUACAUGUAUUGCCAAAAAUGCUUCUAGUAAGUCAUCAGUUUAACAUUUUUUUUUUUCCCUCUGCAUGAAGCACAGCUAGAUAUUCUUAGUGUGCCAGCUGCCCAGAGUGCCAGUAUGUCUUGUUCAUGUCAGCAAUUAACAAAUUGAGUCAUUACCAGAUGAUACACGCACCUUUUUAGGUGCUCUGAGCAAGUGCUGUGCUUAAAAUGCUGGUACACAAAGCAUAUUUAAAUACUCUUUUGAAACAGCAUUUUUUUUUUUUUUAACUAGAAACACAUUUUCUAAUGUGUAUAUUGCAAAAAAUGCUUUUCAAAACUGAAAUGCACCAUAUCCAUUUAAUUUUUUUUUUUCUGGAAUGUCCCUUUAAAUAAAUCCCUAAAUUAAAAAAUAGAUAAUAUUGGGGGGAGACUCAGAGUGUUUACUUUACUUCCAAUAAAAUUAUGGGAUGGGGUAUUAAAAUGUUAAUGCAGGUCUUGUCAAUUCUAACUUCAAACAUUUUAGAUGAAUCUACAGAUAUCAAUGUAUAACUUUCCUCCUCUGACGUUUUUUAAUAUUUUGGUUAGAUGUUGUUCAUCUGUCACCCAGGAUUACUGUAGCUGUCUUGUUGCCCUGUAAUUUUUUUUUUUUUUUGAAACAAUGCAAAUAUUAGCACUUUUCAAGCACCUCUUCUUUGGGCCCCACUAAUGCUGGUUCAGGGGGAUUUAUGUCUUGUUUGUGACACAUGGCAGCAAAAAUGUGCAAUUUGUGUAAGGACCUGUACUAUGCGACUAAAACAUUUUUUCAUUUGGCUGUUUCAUUUUGGGUUUGUAGUACACGUGUAAAAGUAUUAGAACUGUAUUUCACAAUUCCACUUCUCAGGUACCUCUAUCUGAUUCAAACAUUGCCCUACUUGACUACAGAAAAGUUAACCAUAUUUGAGCCACAGAUUUUUAAAAAAGAACAAAAAAAAUAAAAAAUAGCCAAAAAAACUUCACCUUUAAGGGGUGCUUGGGAAACCUUUUAUUGCACAUUGGGCCAGAACACAUUUGUAGUUGGUCAGUGAGGAUGCUUUUAAUAACAAUAAAACAAAUAACAUUAAUCUAUUCAAAUUUUUUUGGCACACUACAUUGUGCAUUUUAUAGCAGCAGUGAAAAUAUAUGUAAUUAUUGGCAGUGUCCUCUUAAUGAUGAUCAAUAAAAGAGACAAAAAAAAAAUCCCUUUUUAUGUAUAUGUGUGAUAUAUUCCCUUCAUGUAGCCAGACUGCCAUUUACACCAAGGUAUUAUAUAUGCAAUAUACGCAUCCUCUUUAAAAUUAUAGCUUGGUUUCCUUAAUGUCAACACCAUCAGGGUAGAAAACACAUGCCCAACAAUUAAUAUUCUAUUGUUAGAAUAAACUAUGUGGCAAGAAAUGGAUUGACAAUGUGAUAUUAUAGAGACUUAAUGAAAACAUGUCCUGUAUGUCCCUUUUAGGUGCAGGGGCUGAUUUCUGGAAGUCAGUUGUGAUAAAAACUUAUUUGUGAAAGGUAAAGACAACCUUGUGAGCCAGUGUAUCCCACUCCAUUUGAGUGACCUGCCAGCUGGUGAAAAAAAUGAUAAAUUGUAAUGUUCUUAAAUCAUUAUUUUUUUUGCAGUCUUAGCCAUAUUCUUGUGAUAUUUAUAUUUUACCCCUAAUACCUCAGAUCACAUACUUGCCAAACUCUAUAUACAUCUAGGAGAUUUGGUACUCUUUGGUAUUUUUCAUGUUUACACUUUCUUAAUUUCUCCUGGAAACGGCCCACAGGGAUAAUUUCCUGUUAUUGCUCUGACAUUCCAUUUAUACUUUUUUUUUUUUUUUUUUUUAUAUUAUUAAUCUUGCACUGUUGUGAAGUACUUAUGCCAGUGUUUCAUAUGUGUAUAUAUAUUUUGUACAUAAGUCCAUAUAUAUAAAUGUUUUUUAUCUUUGCUGUGCAAAAGACAAAUGAUAUGUUGGUGUUCACUUGUACAUAUUUUGUGUAAAUAUAAAUAUAUUUUCUGUUAUUUUUUAAAGGACAUCACUGUUCUGAUGUUUGCACACAUGAAAAAUAUAAUAAAAUAAAUUAAUUUAAAAUA